AUGGCUCACGACGCAUUCUCAGGCCUCAUAAACGCGGACUUCGCGAGCAUCACGGGUAGCGUCAAGCCACCCAGUGGGGGACCCACUCGCGCUCUGGCAACCACCCGCGCGAUGAUCCGUCACUCUCCGUACGCCUCUCCUUCUCGACUUUCCGCACUUGUCCCUGCUCUGGCUACUCCGCACGUCAGCCAACCUCAAACCUCAUCCAACUCGCUUUUGCCAUACGUUCAACACCCACAGCAACAAGGGGUGUAUCAAGGCCAAUGGGGACAGCCGAGUCGAACUCUGGCGCCUCCGUCAAGCUAUCUCUCGACACUUGCAAUGUCUGCUGGCGCUCAGGGUCUUGCUCCAAGGAUGCCUCCGCUUGAUUCCUAUCCGCAAGCAUACACGCAGCCUCAGCAGCAACAGAAUGCGUCCGCAACCUCAAUGACACCGACCUCCUCGGCGCAGUUUCCUGUUCUCCCGAGCCAGCAGCAGACUCGUACGGCCGCGGCUCGAUCAUACAUGCUCCCGCCUGUGCUCCCUCUUCAGCAGCCCGCCUCUCAGCAGCAGUCUCAGCUUUCGGAGUAUCCUCCAUCCACGCUCCCUCAGAUGCACUCCUACCUUGUUCCUCCCAUGCCUCCAUGGCAAGCACCACACCUUCAACAAUCAACGCCCUUCCCAGCUCAACAACCGCUAUCCCUCAGUCCUGCGCGCGUCUCUUCAACAUCGAUACGUCGCUCGCCCAUCAAGACAUCCGCGAUGUUGAAGGAUGUACUCUCUCGCAACUCCAACGCUCCGCCUCUCGCUGGUACUUCUCGGGCACCCUCCUCGUCCGAGCAAACCCUCCGCUCACUCCUCUCUACGUCGAAACGCAAGACCUCAGCCCGUACUCCUGGGCUCCACCCCGGCAGGGGGACCCCAGCGCAAGAGCCGCAACCCCCCCGCCCCCUUCGCCCCCGCCUCUCCCCUGUCCUCCCUCGUGCCGCUCACGCCCAUGCCUCCCCGCCUCCGGGGAGACCUCCCCGACCGCGACGUCGCGACGGUCGCGACCGCCUGCGCGUCCUUCGUCCAGCGCCUCUUCCGCUGCGGGGCGGGCACCCCCUCUUCGUCGCGCACGCCUCGCGCGGCGGCCUCGGCCUCGACGAGUACGUCAAGACGCUGGUGCGGAAGCUCCCCGUGGGCGAGCGCCGGCGCGUCGUGGCCGCGACGCUCACGUACGUCGACCGCGUGCGCGCGCGGUGGCCGCGCGCGGAGGUGAGCGGGGCGCUGUCGGGACACGCACUGUGGCUGGGGGCCUGGGUGCGCGCGAUCGUCGUGCUUGCGGAGACGUACCCGACGGAGGAGGGAGGGAUGGUGGCCGAGGACGAAGAGGAGGAAGUAGCGGCGGCGGCGGUGGAAGAAGCAGAGGAAGCAGAUGACGAUGACGCGUACGAGGAGAGUCGGAUGAGAGCAACUCCGAGAUGA